AUGGAGGAGACGGAAGGCCAGGCGGUGCCUCUCACUUCCUCUAGCCCUGAAGAGGCUACUAAUAAAUCCAGCAUGGGCUCACACAAUCCUCAGGAUUCCAUGCAACUCAAGAAAGAGAUCUCUCUGGUCAAUGGGGUCUGUCUUAUUGUGGGCAACAUGAUUGGCUCAGGGAUUUUUGUGUCUCCUAAGGGAGUGCUCAUUUACUCUGCCUCUUAUGGGUUAUCCUUGGUCCUCUGGACAGUUGGUGGUAUUUUCUCUGUGAUCGGAGCUCUGUGCUAUGCAGAACUUGGCACCACAAUUACAAAAUCAGGAGCAAGCUAUGCAUAUAUCCUUGAGGCUUUUGGUGGGUUUGUGGCCUUCAUCAGACUAUGGACUUCUCUGCUAAUCAUAGAACCCACUAGCCAGGCAGUUAUUGCCAUCACUUUUGCCAACUACUUGGUACAGCCCGUCUUCCCUACCUGUGAAUCUCCCUACGUGGCCUCCCGACUCAUUGCUGCUGCUUGCGUAUGUCUCAUCACUUUUAUAAACUGUGCAUAUGUGAAAUGGGGGACACGGGUUCAAGAUUUCUUCACUUACGCCAAAGUCAUUGCGUUAAUUGCAAUCAUCAUAACGGGCAUUGUUAAACUGUGCCAAGGGAAAACCGAGCACUUUGAGGAUUCGUUUGCUGGGUCAUCAUGGCACGCUGGUGACAUAUCGUUAGCUCUGUAUUCCGCUCUCUUCUCUUAUUCCGGCUGGGACACACUGAACUAUGUCACAGAGGAAAUUAAGAACCCUGAAAGGAACUUGCCAUUGUCUAUUGCUAUUUCAAUGCCCAUUGUUACCGUCAUUUAUAUUCUCACCAAUGUGGCUUAUUAUACAGUACUAGACUUGAAUGCGGUUAUUUCCAGCGAUGCAGUGGCUGUGACUUUUGCUGACAUGGUGUAUGGCAUAUUUAGCUGGACCAUCCCCUUGGCUGUGGCCCUGUCCUGUUUUGGUGGUCUCAACUCCUCCAUCCUCGCUGCUUCCAGGCUGUUCUUCGUCGGAGCGAGGGAAGGGCACCUUCCUGAUAUGUUAUGUUUAAUACACCUGGAUCGGUUUACACCAGUGUCAGCUCUGCUCUUCAAUUGUGCUGCUACCCUUGUAUACCUGUCUGUGAAAGAUGUCUUCCAGCUGAUAAAUUACUACAGCUUCAGUUACUGGUUUUUUUGUUGGAUUGUCCAUUGCAGGACAAAUAUAUCUGCGCUGGAAGCAGCCCAACAUGCCAAGACCUAUUAAGCUUAGUCUCUUCUAUCCAAUCACAUUUUGCCUGUGUACAGUGUUCCUCAUCGCAGUCCCAUUGUACAGUGAUACUGUGAACUCAUUCAUUGGAAUAGGGAUUGCUCUUUCUGGCGUUCCUGUCUAUUUCAUGGGAAUUUAUCUUCCAGAGUCUAAAAGGCCACCGUGUAUUGGCAGAUUAUUAGCUUUCCUCACAAGAUGGACCCAGCUGAUUUUUAACUGUGUCUUGACGGAGAUCGACAUACCAGAAGAGAAAAAAACAAUCGUAACGUCAGAGAAACCAUUAUGA